AUGUCAUCAGCCAUAAAACUUCCUUUCAAACAAAUAAAUGGUUCUGGAAUACCCACUAUAUUUCUCCAUGGAUUCCUUGGAUCUCAUAAAAACUUCACAAGAAUGACAAGAGAUAUCAAUAAACAAUUGGGACUUACAACAUUAGCACUAGAUCUACGAAAUCAUGGUUCUACUAUCAAGACACCAACUCAAAUGAAUUAUUCAUUAAUGGCAUUAGAUUUACAAAAUUUCAUUAAAGAACAAAAUUUACAAAAAGUUAAUCUUAUUGGUUAUUCAAUGGGUGCUAAAAUAGCUAUGCUUGUUAAUUUAGGAAAUCCAAAUCUUGUACAGAAUUUAGUAUGCUUGGAUAAUGCACCUAUUGUUAAUGAUAUUGGACCAGAUUUCCCAAGAUAUAUUGAAGCAAUGAAACAAUUUAAUCAUUGGGCUCAUGAUGUUUUGGAAAAAAGUAAUAUAGAUAUAAGAGAAAGAGAAUGGAAAUUAAUGGGGAUUCGUCAUAUGAAACAUCUUGUUCAAGAUGAUGCUAUGGCUUUAUAUCUUUUUGAUAAUUUUAUAUAUGAUAAGGCUCAAAAAACUAUUGAAUCAAAAGUUCCAUUAGAUUAUAUAGAUUCAAAUUGGUUUAAAAUGUUAGGUUCAUGGCCUGAACAAUCAUUGGAUAAACAAAUAAACAAUAGAGUUUUAUUUAUCAAAGCUGCAGAUAGUCAGUAUAUAAAUAAAGAAGCUGAAGCUAAGAUACAGUCAAUUUUCCCAAAUCAUGGUGAUAAAAUUGUUAAUGUUAUUUCUGGUGGUCAUGAUGAAGUAUUAGUUAGUCAUUAUAAGACUACAUUAGAGUUGAUAACCAAUUUUUUGUCUGAAAAAUGA